CACCCACUCACCAAAGUUAACACUUCACACCACUCCCGGAUCCUCUUCCUCCUCUUCAUUCUCUCUCCCAUCUUCUUUUAAGCCCUACUUCACCAAAGUUGUCUUCUUCUUCUUCCUCUUCUUCUUCUGUCUUUUCUCUCUCUCUCUCUCUCUCUCUCUCUCUCUCUCUCUCUCUCUAUGUGUCUACGUAUCUAUGUGGAAGGGUGGGGCUGAGAGAUCUUCGUUAGAUGGACACUUUAUUUAGAUUCGUUAGCCCACAGUCUUCUCACCAGCAAUCUUCCUACAGCUUGAGUCGCAGCUCCAGUAGCUCGAGAUCCUCUGAGGCUCCGCAGAUCAACUACAAGGACUAUUACUACUACUUCCAUCAGGAGCAGGAGCAGCAGCAGCAGUACUACCAAGAAGAAUGCGGCACCAACCAUCUGGUUUACAUGGAUGAAGACUUCUCUUCCUCCUCCUCCUCCAAGCACUUGCACCACCCCCAUCGCCCUCCCUCCUCCACCACCUCCACCACCACGCCUGCUCCUACUCCCAUCUUCGACCCUGCAGACCUCUCCUUCCCUCACGACCUCAACCUCGACUUCUCCUCUCCUUCCUCGUCCGCUGUCGGCGCCUCGGGAGCCGGCGGAAGGUGGGCGUCGCAGCUGCUGGUCGAGUGCGCUCGCGCGGUGGCGGGGCGAGAUAGCCAGCGGGUGCAGCAGCUCAUGUGGACGCUGAACGAGGUCUCAUCGCCUUAUGGCGACACCGAGCAGAAGGUGGCAGCCUACUUCCUCCAGGGUUUGUUUGCCCGCCUGACGUCUUCGGGGCCCCGUACUCUGUGCAGCCUGUCCGCCGCUUCCGACCGCAACUGCUCCUUCGACUCCACCCGCCGGACCGCGCUUCGGUUCCAGGAGCUCAGCCCCUGGUCCUCCUUUGGCCACGUCGCCGCCAACGGCGCUAUCCUCGAGGCCUUCCUCGAUCCCUCAUCCGCGUUGCAGAGGUUGCACAUACUCGAUCUCAGUAACACCUUCUGCACUCAGUGGCCGACGCUGCUGGAGGCGCUGGCGACGCGGUCUUCUGACGACACGCCGCACCUGACGAUCACGACGGUGGUGUCGUCGGUCUCGCCGUCGUCGUCCGUGCAACGGGUGAUGAAGGAGAUCGGAAAGCGGAUGGAGAAGUUCGCGCGGCUGAUGGGCGUUCCGUUCCGGUUCAACGUCGUUCACCACGCCGGCGAUCUGUCGGACCUCGACCUCGACAGCCUCGACCUCCGGGAGGGUAGCGGCGUGGCCCUCGCCAUCAACUGCGUAAACGCUCUCCACGGCAUCUCACCCGCGGGCCGCCGCCGCGACGAGCUAAUCUCCUCUCUCCGGCGGCUCCAGCCAAGAAUCGUGACGGUGGUCGAGGAGGAGGCCGACCUGGGAGGCGGGGAAGGAGGAGGGGAGGAGAAAGGGGAGGCGUUCUUGAAGGGCUUCAGGGAGAGCUUGAGAUUCUUCACGGCCUACUUCGAGUCGCUGGAGGAGAGCUUCCCGAGGACGAGCAACGAGCGGCUGGCGCUAGAGCGGUCGGCGGGGCGAGCGGUGGUGGACUUGGUGGCAUGCCCGGCUGCGGACUCAGCCGAGCGGAGGGAGACGGCGGCGGGGUGGUCAAGGCGGAUGCGAGCGGCCGGGUUCGCGCCGGCGGCCUUCAGCGAGGACGUGGCGGACGACGUGCGGGCGCUUCUGAGGCGGUACAGGGAAGGGUGGUCGAUGCGGGCAGCGGCCGAAGAAUCCGAGGAGGCUGCCGGCGGAAUAUUCCUGGAUUGGAAGGAGCAGCCGGUGGUGUGGGCGAGUGCGUGGAAGCCAUGAGAGCGAAGAUGGCGGGAGAGGGAAGAUGGCGGGCCGAAGACCUUUUGCCACGUGCGCACGUGCGGUUAUUCUUAUGCUUAUUUCAUUUCCAAGAAGAAGUAAAGAAAAAGCACGAAAUGGAAUGGAAUGGGAAGGAAAAAAAACCCAUAUUUGAAGUUUAUAUCACAAGUUUAUUCUCAUGGCAAUAUUUUCAUUUUUCUCUCAUGUUUUAGCUGCUUAUUUUGUGUGAGUUUGACAUUUAAUUCUGCUGGUUAAUUCAUUGACA